GCAUCCUCUAACCUGUGAGUUAAGUUGCAAGAGUGCAGCCAGAAUAUUCGGACGCUUUUGUAUAAUGGUUUAAGUGAUAGUGCGAUAACUCCCAAGACCACUUCCAGUCGUUUUCUACUAACAUCCAACAUGUCUAUCGAGAAUUCAAGACUGUGCUACUUCUGCCGUAAGCUCGAGCCGGUAGACCAGCCUUGUCCUUUGAUUCAGAGUCAGCCAACUCAGAUCUUCUCCAGUAUAAAUGGUGUCACGAAGCCAUGGACGAAGCAGGAUGAAGAUCUCUUAGAACAACUCCGCCGCCGGCCAAGUGAGCUCUGUUCACGAUGCGCCAAAUUCGACAUCAUUCGCGCCUUCAGCGAAGCGGAUCCUUUAGAUGAAAGCCAGAGAGGCGAGCUAGAAAAGGCCCAGUAUAUUCAACACGCUGAAAGAGAGGAACAAUACAGACUACGCUUCGGUCUUUUGUCACAGUUUCACAUGAAGCCUUCUUGCCCGCUAUGUCGGUUGCUCUAUCGGCUCAUUCCUAGACCUCCACCAGAGCACGAUACUACUGUUCUCACUCUCAUUCCCUACCGGUGGCAUAUCCGACAAGAUCACUGGGAAGGCGUUCCGGAAGAUCAUAAGCGAAAGUUCGCCAUUUGGUUUGGUCUUUCAACACCUGGUCUCGAUAUGUCUGGGCCGAGUUUCUUUAACGCGAGUCAGCAGUUGAGAGUUGCUAUGAUGACGGGUGAAGCCAUUGCUAUGCACCCAAACUCUUCAUCAGAGGAUUCUUAUAGCGCCAGGGUUAUCGAAGGGAUGGUUAACGUUGAUCAUAUUAGGAAGGGCCUUGAGCAUUGCCGGAAGCAUCACUCAGAACAAUGCAAUGCUAAGUUCGAUAAAGGCCUACUCAUUACGAAAAUGCUGGACGUUAAUGCCCGAAAGGUCGUGGAUUGUCCUGAUAACUGCGACUAUCUAGCUCUCAGCUAUGUCUGGGGCGGUAUUCACCCAGCUGAUGGGGCUUUGGAGGCUGGGACACUUCCUCAGACGAUCGAGGAUGCCAUCACUCUGACCAAAAGGCUUGGAAAGAAAUACCUAUGGGUUGAUGCCCUCUGUAUCGAUCAAAGCCCCAGCCCAACGCCCGAACAAGCAGCCAGCAAAGCCAAACAGCUACAACUCAUGCACCUAAUCUACUACUGCGCCACAAUAACGAUCUUUGCUGUCGCAGGUCCGCGCUCCGACUACGGCAUUCCUGGAAUCUCAAAGCCACGCGUGGGAUCUACGCGGGAGCACAUCAACGGAAAGGAGCUUGUAGUAGUCCCUCCACAGAUCAUGACAGAGAUAAAGUCUUCCGUUUGGCAAACGAGAGCCUGGACGUGGCAAGAGGAUGUUUUGUCUACGAGAAAGUUGUACUUGACGGAGACGCAAUGGAUUCUUCAGUGCAAUGAGACGCUGGGACCGAGUGAUUAUGCUGAGGCGCACAAUACGGCUUUGGACCUUACUUGGACUAAAGUUUCUGGUGGGAAGAUAAAAGCUGGUUACGUUGAGGCUACGAAUACCGAGUUCCUCGACCGAACUUCCUCCAUGUUCAUAUCAGCGGUGACAACGUAUACUUCACGAUCUCUUACCAACGAUGGUGAUUCUCUAAAUGCCUUCCAAGGCGGUCUCGCACGCUUUGGUAAACCAGUCUAUCCCCAAGGCUUUGAAUGGGGCAUGCCACUCAAAGAAUUCCCUCAGUCACUGGCCUGGAUCCAUGACCAUACAGUCAAGCCUACAAGACGAUCAGCUUUCCCAAGCUGGAGUUGGGCAGGCUGGGGCGGAACUGUGCAGUAUCCGACUGAUCUUACUGAAACAGAAACUGAGAACGGUGAUCUCAUUCCGCGGAUGGUCAGUAUUGAUGACAAGAUGGUUACACUGGAAGGAUGGACUGUAACACUUGAUAUUCGAACUGAUCCGUUCAGUGAGGUAGUUAUACCCGGUACUGAUCAGGCGAUUGGAUGUGUUACGGAGAGGAAUUUUAAGCAUAACAUGACUUUACCGACGGGGAAAUAUCGGUGUUUGGUUGCGUCGAGACUCAAGAAGGAAGUGUUGAGGAAUGGAUUGGUGAAUCAGUUGAUCUACCUGGUAGUUUUAAAAGGCGAUCAGGAUGUUGAGAUUGAAGAAAGGCAAACGGCUAUUACAGUAAGCAGGCUUGCUAUUGAGGGAAAGGACUUUAUGGAGUUUGGUCCAAAGAAGACAGUCAUCAAUAUGAAGUAGAAGUAUGUCUG